CCACGUGUCUGCCCCAUCACCCCUUCUGUUCUUAUAAAGGUCAAGUAGUAUUUCCCUUUUUCUUUCAACAAACAAAAUUGCCAUUGAACAAUGACUUACUUUUCUUCUUCUUCAUCUUCUUCUUUUACUUUCACAAUUCUAUGAUUACUUUUUCUUUCACUCAAACGCAUCUCUCUCUCUACACACUUUUUUUGGUCCUCAAAUCCCUUUACACAUUCAAAUACCCAAUUGUAGAUGAAAAAAGAACAAACAAAAAAUCUGAAAGAGAAGAAACACAACAAGAUCAGAAAACGAGGAAGUACCUCCACAUCUUCCUCUUCCACCUUUACUAGAAAAUACAGAUAUAAACGAGCAAUUUUGGUAGCGAAGAAAAGUGGGUACAGUACACCAUCACCCAUGUGGAAAACAACUUCUAUGUCAACCAAUCAUCAUCACAACCAUGCUAUCAAAAACACAUCUUUGCAUUCUUCCAAAGAGAAGAAGGAACUUUCUGUUUCUGCUAGAAAACUCGCUGCUACACUAUGGGAACUCAAUGAUUUGACUCCUUCCAUGGUUAAAAAGGAACCAAUGAGAAUCAACAAGGACAGAGACAAAGACAGAGUUCAGAGUUUAUGUAGAUCAGUGUUAUUGGGACCACACAAGUUAGAUCCAUCAUAUUCUAGUACUUCUUUCUCAGAGGUAAAUCAGAGAAUCAAAGGUAUUGAAGUUGAUGGCGAUUUAUCUCAUCACCUUCAAUUUGCUGAUCACGACUUGAGAUGCUUAGAUGGUUGUUGUAAUGAUGAUUUAAUGGAGAAGGAAAGCAAUAAGUUAAAAGACAAGAGGAAUUGUGGUAAAUGCAAGGUUGGAGUCAAGAACUAUCUUAAGGAAGCUAAAAGUGGCUUAUCUACAUUGAAUAAGCUUCUAAAGGUGUUAAGUCAAAUGGUCCAUGAAGAGAAGCAUUCAUUUAGAAGCAUACCUCUCAUCUUAGGCAUGAGCAAUGAGCUUGAUCGCGUUCGCAACCAAAUUGAUGGAUUCAUCGAAGAACAAAGCUCGAACCAGACCGAUAUUGAGUAUCUCAUGAAGCAUUUUGCAGAAGAAAAUAGUGCUUGGAAAAGAAGAGAAAGAGAGAAGAUUCGCGCGACCAUGAUGAGCUUAACGCAGGAGCUUGAGGUGGAGAAGAAGCUUAGAAGGCAAACUGAGAGGCUGAACAUGAAGAUUGUCAAUGAAAUGGAGAAUGUAAAAUAUUCUUAUUCAAAAUUGUCGAAAGAGCACAAAAGGGAGAAAAGGGCUAAAGAGAUUUUGGAGCAAGUUUGUGAUGAACUUGCCCAAGGCAUUGGAGAAGACAGAGCAAAGGUAGAGGAAAUGAAAAGGGAAUCAGAAAAAGUCCUAGAAGAGGUUGAAAAGGAGAGGGAAAUGCUUCAAUUAGCAGAUGUUUUGCGCGAAGAAAGAGUUCAUAUGAAGCUCUCAGAAGCUAAAUAUCAAUUUGAGGAGAAAAAUGAAAUGCUAGAAAAUCUUAGAAAUGAGCUUGAGAGCUUUUUCAAAAGCAAAGAAAAAGAGAAAGGUGGUGAUGAUGAUGGUGUUAAUGAAGGUCUUAAAAAACUCAAAGAUUUUGAGUUCUAUUUGAAUAAGACAUGUUUGGAACUCCAAAAUCUAGAGGCAGAUAAUCAUUUAAAUGUUGGAGAUGCAAUAGAGCAUGAAGAUGAGUCAGCUGAGACUGAGAGUGAUCUUCAAUCUAUUGAAUUGAAUAUGGACAAUGAGAAUAAAAGCUACAACUGGAGUUAUGCUUGUGAGAAUGUUGCACAUUUUGAGGCAAAAAGAGUUUCAAUUGAUAAAGAUAUCGGAAGGAGAUCUUUUUCUGAUUGGGGGAGUAUUUGCUUCAACAAGGGAACUCCUAAAGGUAAUAAACAAAAGGAGUUUGGUUUAAAUAUUGAUGAAAGUUUUGAUAAGCUUGAGAGAGAAAGAUCAAUUGAAUUUGUUUUUGGAGAUGAAAUAGAAAAAGAUAAGAAAGUGAGAAUUAUAGGACUAUCAUGAGUCUUAGAGACACUAUAUCACUUACUAAUCUUGCUAAAGAAAGCGAUCAAUCAAUAAUUUUGAGGUGCGUUAAUGGGGAAGUAAAGUCUCAAAGCUCACAUUACUCCUGAUUUGUUUGAAAAAAAAAAUCAAAUUUUCAUGUAGAAUUUUAAAUGCGAGGAAGAUUUUCAAAAGAUGAAAGUGAAGUUGACGACUGACUGCACGAGUAAUAGAUAGCUUUGGAAUGAUAUGAUACAAAUCAAGUGUGUGCGCAAAGAAAAUGGUCAAAUGAGUUUUUUUAUAGGUUAGUGCUAUAUAUAUAUAGUUUCUUCUAUUUCUUUUCUUGUUUUAGUAUUUAUUUUUUGAUGGAGAGUUUAUAUUCAGCAAGAACAAAGUUUACAAUUUACACAAAUAGAUUAAAAUGUUUAUCUAAUUCUCAGUAAUAUUUUUCCAAAAAUAAUAUAUACCGUGAAAAAAAAAAAAAA